UAUAGGUCGCCGGUCGGUGAACGCGGCAAAUUAUAUUGAAAUUAGAAGGCGGGGGCCGAAGCGCUUGGUAUUGAAGAGGAGAUAAUUUCUGCCAUGGCUUGGCAAUUUUACUGCCCCAGACACUAUGGCUUAACCAUGAACGCAGUUAAUGAUUUUGUGCAACAACUUUCGUUUGUGGAUGUGAAACUUGUAUGCAAGAACAAAAAGACUGUGUAUUCCCACAAGUUAAUACUGGCUUCAGCUAGCCCGUUUCUAAAGGCUGUUAUUGAAGAAAUGAACAAUUCCGAUGAUAUGGCUACCUUGUUUUUACCUGAUUUCGAUUAUAAUAUUGUUACUCUGUUGCUGACGUUCCUCUGCGAAGGUAUUAUGAAACUUACAUGGGAAGAACUAGGAGAAUUCCGGGAGCUUUGUAAUGGGCUAGGUAUGAAUUUCCCUGGUGCCGACGUGGUAAAGGUGUUAAAUGAGCCUCAUUACUCGCAAACGUCCCAAGCAACUGACAUCGAAGCAAACCCAAUCGCAAAUACAGAACGCGGAAUAAGUACUUCUUCUUCGCUCGUGUCUUCCAGAGAAGCUUUCCAUACACCAGCGAAGAUACCUGAUACAAGCAGUGCCUUUGCAUCCAUAGUACCAAAGAUAGAAGACUGUGAAGACUGUCAAAAUAUUCAACUGACGCAGCCUGUACCUAGUAAUGAUAGUCAAAACACAGUGCAGAAUCUAGAUGUUAGGAAUAUACAGCAUAGUCUUACUGACAGUGAUUAUUCUCAAACAGAGGAACAUACACAGAUGAGUUUGGAGACUAGUGAAAGUGUUAUGUAUUCUAAUGCUACAAGUAGUGGUGGCUCUUGGAGAAAAGUGAUGUGCUCACACAGUGAUACUCAUACAGAUUUAAAUGUGUGCCAUGCUAAAAGUUCAGUGCGAAAAUCAUCACAAAGUAAUGAAACAUCUCGCAUACAUUCCUUGCCUUCAGUGCCAAUGUCUGUUGAACGAGAUAAUUUUCAUAGCAGCAACUCUCACUUUGCUCAUCAAAAAUCAAGUACUCACCAAAUUGUGAAACAGUCAAAAGCCACAGAACAAAGUGCAUAUCACCAAAUAAAGAAACAGUCAAAAGCAAAAACGAAAAAACUCCAUAGUGAGGCAGGUGUACAAAAGACGCAUUUAACACAGAUUUUGAAUUCAUCUUCUGUUCACAAGAAGCUGCCAGAACUACCAGGUGCCACUUCUCAUAACAUAAAACUAUCACCACAUGUGAGAAGUAGCAGUAGACCAAGUAAUUCAAAAGGCCAUAGUAAAACACAAUCAGUUCAAAAAUCUGUUCGUUCGAAGAAGAGAAAAAAUAGUGAGGGAACUGGGAGGUAAGUUUUAUUCAGGAGCGGAUAUGCACGAAAGUGUUACCUGUAACUUCCACAAAGUGAAUUUUGUUAAUAAUGUUUUAUCUCAAUAUUCAUUGAUAAUUUCUUACCAUUAGACAUUAGCAUUUUUACUUUCUACGAAAUUUUGGUCAUGUAAUAAAGCAUGCACUCAUUCAGUCAACCAUUCUUUUGGUUUGCAAUGUACUGGAUUUUUAAUGCUAAAACUUAUUUUAUGUUGGUAAUUAUUCUUAUCGAUAGCCUCUUAAUUAUACUGGGAUUGCAACUACAGGAAUGUCGCAUUGGGGACAUACAGAGCACCUAACGAUGGGUGUGUGUUUCGUGGCCAAAAUUUCCUGUGUGUGCUCUGUUAUGUCAUUACUCGAGGUAGCCAGCUGUCUAAAAUAAAGCAUAGGGCACAAAUACAUUGCCCAUUUCCAUUUUGAAAAAUCACAUUUCCCUUAGCCUUUGCAGUGAAUCUCAGAUCUGAUUUCCUUACUACUAGUUUUGUGUGGUUAUUCCACUCUUGCUGGGUAUACUAGUUGUUGAUUCUAAGAAGGCUUGGUGGAGGGUCAGACACAGAGUAUAUUUAUAGCUGUUUUUGAGAUACCCACAGCUUUAUUAGUGAGCUAACUGACUCUGCCUUUGUUAACAGAUAACACUAUACUGUGUGUGGCUAAAUACUUGAAAAUGAAACUAUAUUAUUAAAAUUUAAUACUGACAAGGGGAUAUCCUCUGUAUGUGGCUGUAAUCUCAGGGCAAAGUUAACAUGGAAACAGUUACGUUACAAUGUUAAUGUGCUAGCACACAGUAUUGAAAUUUAACAACUGAAAACAAGUGAAUAUUGAUCUGAAGUCACAGACACAAUCUUCUGACUUCUAUUGAAAUGGUUACGCCUAUCAGCCGCCCCCACCUCCUCAUCGAGUCAUUUUAGAAUGAACAGUCAAUAUUGUGUUAAAUUUUUUGUGGCUCUUACAGUUUCCAAUGUUCUCCUGUCAUGUAACUGAACAAUAAUGUGUCUGUCUGUCUAUGUUCAGCUUAUUGCUUUUAUUUAUAUAAACUUUAACUGCCAGUCCUUACAGUGUUUAUCCUUUACAAGUUCACCUGCAUUAUGCUGUUUUUCUAACGUUGCAACAUUUCUAUACGCAAAAGAAUUUUCUGCAAACAGCCUCAUGGAGUUUCCGACAUUGUACACUUUAAACUCAAGGUCUCCACAUUAGUGAUAGCUAAUGUUCCAGUCAGAGGAUGGUCAUUAUGUCCAGCAGUGCUGUGCGCAGUGAAUCACUCUUGUCCUCAUUGUCCAUGUUAUUGAUGAUUAGAAUACAUUUUAUUUCAACACUGUAGACACGGCUGUUUUUAUCCACACAUACAGUGCAGUGAUUGUGUAGAUAAUGAUUGUCAAUAUGGAUGUAAGGCUUAUCUUUUACAGUCUAAUGAUUUUUUUUCCUUUUUUUAAAGAGAAGUUGGCUGUCAACUUUUCAUGUAAUUUAUUUUCAUCAGGUCCUUUUUUUUACCAUUCAUGUUUUCAUCUCUUAUUGUUAUUUUAUUGUAGACGUUGUUGUUGUUGUUGUGUGUGUGUGUUUUAACCUUAUUUGGCAUGUGAUCCCUGUUCAUUAUAAGAAAAUACCACAAUUUCUUUUUGUGAAAAAUUAUUUGGCACAAGACUCGUAAAUAAAUAGCAAAAUAUGUCCACAGGGAGACUUCAUGUAGACCCUGUAACAUACUGAGUCUGUAAAAAUUAGGGAAACAUACAAAAGUGGAUUUACAUGUGAUUAAUUUUCAGGGAAUAAAGGGAAAUUUUAUUAAGUGUUGGUAAGAGUGGUAUUUGUGUUUCAUUCAAACAUAAAGAUGUUUACUGGCAAAUAUUUUAAGUGACUGUAGUCAUAUGUAUUGUAGCAAAGCAAGAAAGGUCUCUUGCAAUGACAAAAUAUUUGUAUUAAAAACUGAAUUCCGCAAAUUAUAACCUGAGUUGAGGGCAGUUCCAGUAUUUUUUUAAGUGUUAAUUAGUGGCCACAUUAAUUUAAAUUUGAUAAUGUAAACAUUACUGAUUUGCCAGUGACAAUGGAACACUCACAUUAAGAUUCAUGAAUAGUUUAAAGUGUCUCAGGUGAGUACAUUCUGCAUAUGUAGCAGCAGAGUCUUAGGAUGAAUGUUAUACUUGUUUCUGAUAGAGGAUUAUUAUGGAAAUUUGGAAAGAAGUUUCUGUUCUUUGUGGAUAAGGGAACAGGGCUCUUCACUAGAUGAGAUGCUCUGAAUUCAGAGGACAGUUUGUUAAUGAAUAAAUUGCAGUUGUUGCAUAAGUUA